CUCUUGUUCAUCCCUCACAUUGCGCGCCAUGGUCGAAAUCAAUACUAUCAAGAACAAGCUCAAAAGAGAAGAGCUCUAUCAAAAGCAGAAAUCCGCUAAGGCUAAGGAGAAGAGAGACCGUCGUACAGCACUUCAGAAAGAGGAGGCAUCAAAUCCAGAGAAAAAGGAGAAACGGCUGGUGGAGAAUGUCCCAAAUACAUUGGAGAAUACCCGAGAAUUUGAUGAGACCAUUGUCGGAGAUGAUGAGGAAGUGGCUGCUGAUGAGGCAACAGAUGAAUUUUCACAAUACUUCCAGAGCGGGGUCGCUCCCAAAAUCCUGAUCACCACUAGUAAAGGACCGAGUUCUGCUGUCUAUGAAUUUGCGACCGAACUCGUUGACAUCUUCCCUAAUAGCCACUUCGUAAAACGCAAACCACAAUUUGAGAUGAGACACAUUGUUGAGUUUUCAAAGAAUCGGGAUUUUACGGAUAUUAUGGUCAUUAAUGAGGACAGGAAAGAGCCUAAUGCUCUUACAUUGAUUCACUUACCUAAUGGACCAACCGCGCACUUCAAGUUGAGCUCCAUUUCCCUUAGCAAGGAAAUUGAAGGUCAUGGACGUACAUCCUCGCAUAAACCAGAGUUGAUCCUCAAUAAUUUCAAUACACGUCUAGGUCACACUAUUGGAAGAAUGUUUACAGCUCUUUUCCCCCAUGUACCGGAGUUCCAAGGUCGACAAGUCGCUACUCUUCAUAAUCAGCGCGAUUUCAUUUUCUUCAGGAGACAUCGCUAUAUGUUCAAGAACGCCAAGCGUGUUAAUCUUCAGGAACUCGGCCCUCGGUUUACGCUGAAGUUAAAGUGGUUGCAGAAGGGUACAUUUGACCGAAAGGGCGAAUAUGAAUGGAUGUUCAAACCCGAGAUGGAGACGAGUCGCCGCCGGUUCUUCUUGUGAUCAAGACAGGAACCAUAC